CGAUCCAUUGAUUUCACAGACCACGAGGAUUUCAUAGAAUUAUCAGGGAUUUUUUUUUAAAGUUAAAGGAUUGCUUUAAAAUUAAAAAAAACCCCAACCAGAUCGAUAUUUCCAACGAAGUACAGCAUGCCGCCUAUGAAAAAGAAAUGUCUUAGUGACAAAACGUUGUCCAAGGAGAAGUAUUAUUGGGUUCGUAGAACCAGCAUGGAGGAAGUAGGCUGGUGCUUAUUGUGUGAAAAGACGAUAAGUCUAAAGCACGGGACAUUGUCUCUGCACAGCCACGCCAAGGGCAAGAAGCACCAGCAUAUGUUGAACAAGAAUUUGCCAAAGAAGUCUUUUAAUGUACAUCUUUUGAAGCAAGAUCUCAACUCCUUGUCCCUCAUGAUACUUAACAAAACACCUGUAGUUACCAUUGAAAGCAUAAAACAGGAAAUUUUGGAGAGGCAUAGCCAUUCAAGUCCGUCUACCCCCCUGCUGCCCAGUGGUCAGAGUGCAAACAAUUCGUCCAUUCUAAUACAUGAGAACAAUUCUCUCCUUGACAAUAAUAGCGUCAGCAUGACCCCGUCUAGCACUGUUGCCAGUUCUCCCCUUGCAAGCAUUUCUCCCAUUGCUUCUCCUAUAACAAAGUCAUCCCUUUCUACCAGCGGUUCUGAUGCCACACUGUUUACCCAGGACUACGAGUCCUCUGAGAGUCAGAUUGGGCGUCUGAAACAAGAGAUCAGCAUCCUGACCAAGUGCACCAAUGAACGAGCAGAGCUUUGUGAAUCUACAGGGAACAUAGAAUACAUCCGAGAGUCAAACGUCUUGAGGAAAAUAAUGGAGCAGAAAUGUCAAGAACUGAAAAAUUUGAAACUACAAACGCGAGAAAAACUGGCGGCUAGAAUGGCCACCCUCAUUUUGCCCGGGCGUUAGUUUUGAAGUAGAAUGAAUCCAUUUCCAUUUUAGUGGUUAAAUUGAUUGUUAUCGCUACACAUACAAUUGAGUGAGUAGUAGGCUCAACCGAUUGUAACAAAAAAUAAA